GCUCCAAUACCGUGACUGACUCGCAUGCUAUCUAUAUAAAUGUCAUCUCACUCAGGUACCUCAUAAAACGUCACAUAACUUACACUGUCACCGAGCCACAGCUCUCCCUCCCACAAUUGCCCUCUCGCACUGCACUCAUUAUUCUGCCUUCUCCCUGCCCCCGGUAGGAGAAGGCCUGGUCUCUUCCACCAUGCACCUUGUGAACUCGCCGCGUUUAGGCAGGACAUAAAACGCGAGCAGCUCGACCAUCCAGGCAGCGAGCGUGAACAGCCCCACCCCACUCACAAUUCGCAGCACCACUGCUCUGCUCGACACAUAGCCGAUGCGCCCAGACUGCGAGCAGACCACUCGCAGGCCAUAUCGCUUCCGAAGAUGCCGUGUGUGGGUGUGGGGGUGACUGUGGGUGUGGGUGGUGUUGCCGUUGCCGUUGGUUGACGAGAGGCGCUGAGCGACGUGGUAGUCGGAAUGGGCAAUGUGGGCGCAAUCAUACCUACACACACAAGACGGUACAGCACAGCACAGCCCACAGCUGGUGGGUGCAGUGCACCCCGUCGGUGUGUGUGCACCGACAAAUGUGUCAAUCUUUCACCUGUAAGUGGGCUGCGCGAGCACGCCGAACAGCCCCGUGUUUGCGUACGUGAUGCGCACGAGCAGGACCACGCCUCUCUGCCGCACAGUCUGGUUCUUGGCGUUGUGGGCGUCGCUCGCCCCAUCCAGAGAGACACCACACGCAGACACAAGGUCACGCACAGUCACCUGUGUGAGCAUUCCAUUCAGCAACCGACACACACAGAAAUAGGGGGCUGCACGCAUGUGUGUGUGUCGUGCGUGUGUGUCUGUGUCUUGGAGAAACGACGUGCCUUGUCAGGGCCUGACUCGUCCAAGACGAAGGGGUGGAACGGUGCCCGGCCCUUCAUUGCCCUCUGAGAGUAGCCCUCAUCAUGCCGAUCGGUAUGGAACGAAUGCUCGAUCUUCAACACCUAAGCAAGACAACAACAACAAUUUCCCGCCAACAUGGCUCUCUCUCUCUGUAGCUUGCUUGAGGCGUACCGACCAGGUCGUCCACGCCCGCCACAAAGAACAUCCGCUCCGACAGUUCGGUGUAGUCGUCAUCGGUCUCAUUCCGCCCCUCUCGUGUGUCCUUGACGAAGGUCGUCACGAAGAUGCUCGAGUCGUGAGAGCCGACGUCGGUCAUGUCGUACUCGUCCCAGUGGUGCUCACACGCGGCUGGGGGCAUGCAGAAGGGGGGAGAGGCGUCUGGCUGCUGCUGGGUGUAGUGAUAGCGCUUCGGCUUCACUCUAUAUGACAGACACACGAACAGAUGGAUGGAUGGAUGGAUGCUCGAUGGGCUCAGCUGCUCCUUCACCUGAGAGUGCCAGUGAUGCCGUCCAUGUCAAGAUAACCCUUCAACAGCACCACAUCGAUGAGCAGGUAGAUGCUCACCAGGACAUAGCUGCCGAUGUACAGCAGCCCCAGUGUGCGGUCGUAGAUCUGCACAUACUUGUAAGUGCAGAACGAGUUGCCCAUCUCCAGAUGACAGACAAAUGAAGGAAGGAAACCUGCCUGCACACGCCCAACACACACACUCACAGAGAUGCGUCAAAGCAUUUCUUUCGCCUUUUCUUUUUGCUGCCUACUGCUCUUGACUCUUCACCAAUGCCUUCCUAACGCCUCGGCUCCCGCGGUCACUCCAUUCAAUCCUCAAACUUUUGCGAGCUCAAGGGAGAUCCGCAGUUCCGAAAAAGCGUCGAAAAGGCCUGCAGGAGCCAU